UUAGAAAUCGCAUUACGCAAUUACCGCCAUCAACGAAACUCGGCCACGGGUUGCUGCCCAAGCGACGGAUGUGCUACGCGGAGAGCUCGCCGUCCAUAAAUCGGCAGCCACCGCUCCAGAAAUCCAUUCCCCGCCACUCAGAUUAUCAUCCCAAUCGAGGUUUUGGUGGGGGUUUAAUUCUUGUUCAUCGCUAAAGAUUCAUUACCUGGCUUUAAUUGCGGUCGGCGAUCGAUCUACGCCUCAUUGCGGCUUCAUUUCCAGGGAGCUCAAUUGGAUUGAUUCAAUUUCUUCUCCACCGCCGCGACUCCGCCGUGUUUAAACCCUAGGAAGUCUCCGGAGCGUUGUUUUAGGGUUUAGGAGAAAUUUAUAGUGUGACUGAGGUGCUUUCAUUUGAGUGUGGUGUGAGAUUAUGAAGUGUUGCUGAAUAUGAGCGAUGGGGAUGGGAAGGAGAGUGUGAAGUUCCUGAGCGAGAAAGAUAGUCCGCAGAGAAAGGGGAAGAAGAAGAAAUUGGCAUUCGACGAAUUCGCGGAGGCAAUUGCUAGAAUUGCAGUGGUUCAGGUUUGUGAGAGUGUGGGGUUUCAGACCUUCCAGCAGGCUGCCUUGGAUACCCUAGCCGAUGUCGGGGUUCGGUACAUUAGAGAAGUAGGGAAGGUAGCUGUACUUUCGUGCAAUUCCGCGAAUCGGAGCCAGUGCAAUGUGUUUGAUGUGAUCAAAAGCUUGGAGGAUUUGGGUUUGAUUCAGGGGUUCCCCGGUGCAGCUGAUGUAGGUCGUCCAUUUUCAGGUUCGGGGAUCAUUAAGGAUAUGAUGCGAUUCAUUGGCAAAGCAGAAGAAAUACCUUUCGCGUAUUCGAUACCUGUUUUUCCUCUUGUUAAAAGGAGGACAUUAAACCCUAGUUUUGCACAGGCUAAGGAAAAUCCGCCACACGGGCAUAUACCUAGUUGGUUGCCUAAGUUUCCAGAUCCUGAAACUUAUGCCGUUGUAACUUUGGGGAAAGACAAUGACAUAGAGACGACGAUGGCCAGCGAAAUUCAACAGGUUGAAGAGAAGCACAGAAAGGUGGAGAUGCCUUUGCAGAAUAUGCAGCAGAAAUUGCUUCAUAACGGAUAUGAAGGUGUAGCUGUUGGACACGAGAAUGCUACACAAACACAUCGUGCUGCAGCUAGCAACCCAUUUCUGGCUCCCCCGAUACAAUUUUGGGAAAGGGAAGUGUCUUUGCCAGUCAUUCCGGCCAAGCUUUUGGAAGAGGAUGUUGGGUACCGUCGAAGUUCUGAAGUUACAGAGAAAGAUCAUAUAACCUUAGAGACAUCUUUGAAAGCUAAUGAAACGAAGAGUCGUCCUUCUGAUCAUGAAAACGGGAAAAUGAUUGUCCUGAGUGGGAGGCCCACUGUACAUUUUAAGAUCGGAAAUAGUAAGCAUCACUUAACGACCAAGCUUAUGAAUGUGGGUACUGAGAGACUUUAUCCUUGGUUUGAUAUUGAUAUCAGCAGAAAUGCUAAGACGGAAAUUCGAGCUGAGAAUAUUAUUUUUGAAGAUACUGAGCAGCCGCCUGACUCUCUUGUAAAUUAGCCGUCUUUGGUUAGAGACUGUAAUUUUUUCAUGGAGCUAGCAUCUGAUAUUUGCUCCUGAGUAGUUGUAGGCGAUGAGCUCGAGUUUUUUAGCGUACUGGACAGUUUAAACUUCUACUUGGGCUGUGUUCCCACUUUCAGCUGAGUUUUGAGACUGAAGCAAUGGUGAGGAAAACACAAAGUACUAACAAAUUGAGGAGAUUUCUGCUCUUAAUUCUCCAUGUUAUGCUGCUCAACAUAUAAUCUGAGUCACCGCCGUUUUUGAGAUCUUGCACAUGCACAUAUAAUAAGAAAAAACUGGCAGGAAUUACUAUUCACUAAACAGCAGUUGGUGACAUUCUUUAGCCUAUCAUGAUCGCAGUAAUUUCUCCUGUUACUACCUGAUUUACCAGGUCAUUGAAACAUAGCUGCUCAGCUGCUCAAUGUCCAACACCAAAGCUGGAAGAUGUUCAAUCAUCUGAGUGAUACUUUGUAUCCGAUGUUAUGAAUCUGAUCAACCCAUCCUUCUCAUCAUCGUGGUGUCCUGCAGAGACGGUCUAUUUCUGAAUUUAUGUCUUCCAUGAAUCCUUGGACUUCUGCUUCUUCAAUCAAUAUGAACAAGCUGGGAUCGAUCAUGUAAUAUGAAGAUUGAAGCUGAUCAGGCAUGCGGAUGAUACGUGAAUUUUUAAGGAGUCCUGAUUCCAAUAGUAUCUUGUUGAUGUUCUAUGAUCAGAAUCGAGGCAUGGUUUACUGGUGGACCGUGAUUUUCAGCUGUUUCAUUUGGUUCGGUACUCAUCUAUGAUUGCUCAUAAAGUAGGCAACAUACUUUUUGGAUAACAGAAACUGUUGCAUAGUGUCAAUUAUUCAAUGAAUGUAUCAAAUUUCAAGUCUGAUCAGUGACACUCAUGAGAAUGGGUUAAUACCUUGAAAAGCUGCUGAAGUUCUUUAGGAUCGCUGUUGAUGAACUAGUAUACUGCUAUUGCUUUCUGAUUUAUAAAUCACCUUGUCCUGUUGAAAAUAUAUUCGUGACUACUAAUCUGACACUAUUGUUCAUCACUCAAAAUUUUCAGCUUUGGGAACACUUCUCCAUAUGAUUUUUUGUGGAAUUCCUUCUGUCCUGCUCGAAUGUGAUGAUGUUGAUAUGGUGAGGUGAUAUUCUCCUUCAAUCCUGUAUAUGUUUGCUAUAAUCCUUGACUCAGCAAUCUGGAACUGCAUUCAGACCUGAUGCAAUUUUGUUCACUCUUUUCUCGCUUUCUCUUUUCUUGUGAAUUUCUCCAAGUAUUUGCUUAAGAGUUCUGAGAUCUUCUCCAAUACUUGCAAAUUCAAGCUCGGGUAUUCUUUUCUUAAAUGGCCUAUAACCUGCAGAAGAUUGAUGCGUGGUAUUUACUGGACCAUUCCUAUUGUGUGCAGAUAUUUCACAUAACCUAGACUAGAAUCUCAUUGUAUCCUUCAAAGCUGGUUUUAUUGGAAGCUUUGCAAAAUGUAGAUGGUUCGACUACAGAUUGGGCAUCGAUCUUCUUCGAAAUAUGUUCGAAGAAUUAACUUGAGCUUCCUUUCAUUUUUGGACCAUUCUGAAUUAUUCUUUGUAGGGAUAGCUGCAGUAGGGUGUGAACAUUAUUCUGCUUUUUCAACCCAACCCUAUCAGUGAAAUUCAUACCUGAAAAGAGUCCAAACUGAAUAGCUUUGCUCCGAAGUUGGAUGAUGAUCAAGUGUUGUUCUCAGGUUCUUUCUUAGAUUUGUUUUCUUGCAGGUUUUGUUGCCAAAGAAACCCCAAUCUUGAUCAAUGGCAGAAUUGUGUUUUUUCUCGGUUGGGCUUGGUAUAUAAUGUCUUGUGAUAACCUUGGGAGUUCUUUGAGCUUCAUGUUAUUGACACAGGACUUAAUAGACAGCCAUGGGCUUCUGAACAUUGAGUCCUUCAUGAAAUCUUGAAUAUACACAUGUUAUUUGGUAUCUGGAUUUGUCGUAGUGAAGGAGUUUCUGCUCUAAUCAAGUGAUAGGAAGUGAAGACAAAACCAUAGACAGAUGAAGAGGAGACUUCAGUGAUUCUGUUGAUGAUACGGGCUCCUCCUUCUGCAUCUCCCAGCUUUUCCCUGCCCAUAUGUGACUGGUUGCUGUUCGACACACGUUGAAGUCUUGAAGAAAACAACUCUAUGCAGCAAUCAUUGCAAAAUAAUAGGUCAUGUCUGUCAUCUUUUGAAGAAUUCACCAUCUCCGCGAUCCUUUUGCAACGAAGAGCACUCGCAGAUGGACAUUGAAAUGUGGGUCGGUGGGUGGGUAUGGGUUCUGGUGCCCAGAACGUUUGUGCUUAGCCAUGUGAACUCCUGUCAGGUAACAUGAGUGGAUUCCUUUGUAGCAAUAUCUUCCAUCACACUUGUAUUAGGGUAUGUUUCAGACUUUCAGACUUUCACUUUAGUUGCAAUAAAAAAGCGAAGAUUAAUUGGU